AUGGCUUCGCGUUUGGCAAAGACCGCCAUCGGCGCUACCCGCGUACGACCGGCUCUCGUUACCCGCAACAUCCCUUCUAUCACAGCCAACCUCACUGCGCCUCGAUAUGCGUCGAGCGUCCCCGCUGAGGAGCCCCAGAAGAAGGCCCAAUCUAUCAUAGACUCUCUGCCUGGAAACUCUCUCGUUUCCAAGACCGCCAUUCUUUCCGCCGGUGCCGGUCUCUCCAUUGCCGCCAUCAGCAACGAGCUCUACGUGUUGAACGAGGAAACCGUCAUCGCUUUCUGUCUGCUCAGUGUCUUCACUGCCGUCGGCAAAUACGGUGGCCCCAUGUACCGGGAGUGGGCUGAGGGCCAGGCUCAGAAGUACAAGGAUAUCCUGAACACUGCUCGUGCCGACCACACCAACGCCGUCAAGGCCCGCAUUGAGAAUGUCGAGCAACUUGGCAGUGUUGUCGAGGUCACCAAGCAAUUGUUCGAGGUCUCCAAGGAAACCGCCAAGCUUGAAGCUCAGGCCUACGAACUCGAGCAGCGCACCGCUCUCGCUGCCGAGGCUAAGCAGGUUCUCGACUCCUGGGUGCGCUACGAGGGCCAGGUCAAGCAGCGUGAGCAGCGUGAGCUUGCCGAGACUGUCAUUCGCAAGAUCCAGGACGAACUCAAGAACCCCAAGGUUCUCCAGCAGAUUCUUCAGCAGAGCGUUGCUGACGUGGAACGCAUUGUUUCCGCCAAGUCCCAGUAA